UCCGCCUCCUCCUCCUCUAUCAAAUCUGUCGACCCCCUCGAGGACUCCCAAUCCAAGUGGGUCGGUCUUCGAUCCAUCACUUGGCAAGACCCCACUGGUAGGGAGCGACACUGGGAGACUUCUUGUCGCAAGACGAAAAAGGGAGAGGCGGACGCAGUGGCCAUUUGUUGUCUGAUCACGAGGCCCUCGACAAGAGAGGAUCCUGAAUUGCUACUCGUGUCGCAGUAUCGUCCUCCUGUGGCUGUGGAAGGUGGGAAGAGCACUACAGGCUUGGUCAUCGAGAUGCCUGCUGGACUCAUCGAUGCAGGAGAGGAAGGGGACGAAGGCACACGCCGUGCUGCUCUUCGCGAAUUGCGUGAAGAGACAGGGUACGGCAAUCCGGACAAUGCAGGCAGUGAAGAUGUGCAAGUGGUGGAGCUCUCCCCACUCAUGUACAAUGAUCCAGGGAUGAGCACAUCCACCAUGAAACUCGCAUGCGUACGCAUCGCACUCAAGGAAGACGACACGCCCGACCCGGUUGCAGAGCCCGAUGAGGGAGAAUUCAUCGAGAAGAGAUUGGUCAAGCUCUCGGGACUCUAUGAUGAACUAGCUAGACUCAUAAAGGAUGAAAAGUAUGCAGUCGAUGCUAGACUAUCUCACUUUGCAUGGGGCAUCAAGCUCGCUGGGAUGGUGGGA